GGCACCAUAAUUUACUUCGUGUCAACUAUUCGAUCUUGUGAAGUCCCACAUUCACUCACCUUCACUUACCUCACAUCCCGUUCAAAAUGGCUUCAUCCAGUCACGACGAGUCAACCCAACAGUCCGAUGCUCAGUCUCGCCGGCGUAACGGCGGAGAGACCUCUCGCCGCAACCAGCAAGAGACUCAAGCUCCCGUCCAUCCCAUCCCGACUUUCGCUGCCGCUAUGCAGCAUCCCUACGUCCUCAAAGCCCUGGAAGGAGUCUUCGCAAAGGCCCUUGCAAGCCAGGCACCUGGGGGAAACACC